GAAUAUUUAAUUAGCGGAAAGAAAAAACCUAAAAAGGUUUCUUAUUUUAAACAACUUCUUUAUCUUACGUACGUACAUAAUUCAUUAUGACCAAGUAAUGUCAUUCCUUCAAUUAACGUUCGUCAACGAACGUCCAAUUGAAUUCUAGCCAUUCACGGUUAAUCGACAUUACCUUGCUAUCAUUUAUCUGUAUUAUGACGAUAUCAAUUUUUCGCUUUCUCAUAUAUUUCAUAAGAAUAAUUAUUAAAUUUAUACGCCUGUUUAAAUAUAUGUUUUUUGAGAAAAAUAUAAAAACUGGUCAAACAAGUUACGAGACCUGUUAGUAUUUCGUGGAAAAGAGCCAAUUAGGAUGAAAAACGUAGAUAAUGUAUUGAACUAUCGAGAUAGUGAACUGAAUGCGCGUAUUGCGCGCGAGAUACUUAAUGCGACGCGUCCGCUGUUUCUCGACGCGAUGAUGUCAUAACUUAAAACGUAAAGCUUACUAUCGGUGCUCGUUGGGCGAUACUACGUUUGCCCGGGCAUAAUGAAAGGCACGAUCGUUGUAGUCUACGUCAAUAUAGUACAUUCGUAGAACAGAUCUUCUAACGAAAUAACGAACCAUUUGUUAUUAUAUACGUUUUACUUAAAUUCGUUUUCCAUUAUUAAUAAUAACAUUAUUUUUAAUGAAAUAAUAUUUCGAAUAGUAAUACUGUUCAAAAAUAUGUAAUAAGAUUCAGAAGAACGGCAAAUUAUAAUUACAGGUAAAUUCAAGUGAAAUGCAUUUAAAUCAAUCAAAAGUUGAAAAAAACUGAAGGGAUAAAUCAACACACUAGCGAACGUACAGGUGAGCGUGUCUACUAUAGAAUCGAAACUCGAGAGCAGCAAGUUUAUUUCCAAGCGACGAUAGAUUGCGCGCGGGCGGUCUGGAGUUUGUAACACAAAAAAAAAAGACGUCAACGAUUAUGCAGCAACCUAUUGGACCUACGUGUUAAAUAAUACUUCUCACGGUAAAAUUGGUGAUGAUUUAAGAUUUUUGUUUAAGACACUUGCCUACGCGAGAAUAUCCCCGUUGCAUUGUUAUUUUCUCACCAUUUACGAAUUCGAUCAUAAGGACGUUGAGACGAACUCAGCGUAUGGUUAUUCGUAUGAAUACGCCCAAAUGACCACUACAUGUAUGUCAAUUUAGUCCUCUACAAACAAACGCGAGCAAUUUCGUGUACACAACCGUGCGUGCCCGCGACAUUCAGAAGUAAAUUUAAUAGCAUAAAAGAGAAUCAACUUGUACACUGGUUACACCUUGUCGAGCUUUUUUGUCCUGACACUACUAGGCGGAGCAGUGUAACCAAUUGAUUAAAUACACGUAGAGAAUAACGAAAGGAAACUGAGUCUCGCCUGCUGUUCAAAUAAUGACACACUUAUUUAUCAUUGUAGAGACAACCUCCAUAUAGAACACUAAAAUAAUAUCAACUUUUAAAUUCACGAAAUAAAAACCUGAAAUGAAUAUAGUUUUUAGUUUCAUCUGAAUGGUUCCCGCCGGUCAUAGUUUACGCAAUGCUGUGAAACAUUAUGUUAAGUGAAAGAAUGGAGUAGCAAAUUGUAAUCGCGUUUAAGGUUAAAUUUUCAUAAAAACUGUAUGUUUAACACGAAUAUAGAAAUAAAAGAAGGUCAAUGGUUUAACAAUGCAAAUGGCGAUACAGCAAUGAUAUCACGAAAAAUGUAUAACAAUAGGCAUCUGACCACUUGUAUAACACAAUUACAUCACUGUCCCGGUCCUUUAACUCAAUUUACAGAAGAAGAACUUUUGAUGAAAGAAAGUGUUGCUAAAUUGGCUAAAGAGGAAAUUGCUCCGCUUGUGCGAAAAAUGGAAAAAGAGGGAAAAAUAGACGAUGCUGUAGUACGAACACUUUUCGAAAAUGGUUUAAUGGGCAUCCAAGUACCGGAGAAAUACAAUGGUUCUGGGUGUAACUUUAUGACAACGGUUUUAACUGUUGAAGAAGUUGGCAAAGUUUGUGGAGCUGUGGCAGCUCUGGUCGAUAUUCACAAUACUUUAGUGAACUCGUUAAUUGUGAAAGUCGGCACGGAGGAACAGAAAGCAAAAUAUCUGCCGAGAUUAGCACAAGAACACGCGGGAAGUUUUUGUCUUACGGAGCCUGGUUCAGGAUCAGAUGCCUUUUCUUUGAAAACCGAAGCAAAAAAGGAUGGAUCUGAUUAUGUUAUAAACGGAACAAAAAUGUGGAUUUCAAAUUCUGAUAUUGCGGGUUUGUUUCUUGUUUUCGCAAAUGCAAAUCCUUCUGCCGGAUACCGUGGCAUUACAACAUUUUUUGUAGAACGAGAUACACCUGGAUUAACAAUCGCAAAACCUGAAGAUAAGCUAGGAAUUAAAGCAUCGGGUACAUGUAUGAUUCACUUCGACAACGUCAGAGUUCCCGAGGAAAAUAUCUUAGGAGAACUUGGACGAGGGUACAAAUACGCUGCAAAAUUUUUAAAUGAAGGACGAAUUGGUAUUGGAGCUCAAAUGAUUGGUAUAGCACAAGGCUGCUUCGAUGCUACUAUACCAUACACAUUAGAAAGGAAACAAUUUGGAAAAGACAUAUUCUCAUUUCAAUCUAUGCAACAUCAAAUUGCUCAAGUGGCCACUGAACUUGAAUGUGCCAGGUUACUGGUUUACAAUGCGGCCAGAUUAGUCGAUGCCAAAAGAGAUGUAAUAAAAGAGGCUGCCAUGGCAAAACUGGUUGCUUCCGAAACGGCUUUACAUGUUACCGCAAAAUGCAUCGACUUUAUGGGUGGAGUAGGAUUCACAACAGAUUUUCCUCAAGAAAAGUAUUUUAGAGAUUCGAAAAUUGGGACUAUUUACGAAGGCACUAGUAAUAUGCAAUUAUCAACCAUAGCCAAAUGCAUCCGUCAACAAUAUUCGUGAAAAUAUGUAGUUAUAUUCGUCUUUUAAAUCAAAAUUGUAUACUUUAUUUUUUAUAAUUAUAAUGGAUAUUUUUUACAAUUAUCUUCUUUUAUAUUCCAUUAAUAAUAAUAAAUAUUUU